CCAGCUGAGCGUAAUGCUAAUGUGCUGCUAACAGUACAAUGCUAACGGCCCCGCCGCUGUGGAUACCUUUUUUCUGCGCCGCAACCAGUGAGUACCGAUGACUGUGAGGUAGUUAUGCGUGUUUUCUGGCUGACUCAUAUCUCCACCUGGACCGUGUAACGUCUAAUUUCUGUCACCACCUGCACACCCUUUAAUACGUUUAGCCAUGCCGGAUAUAGCUGAAUAGCAAGUAGCAUUCAGGGAUUUGGCGGGAACUUGAGUGCUUCUACCUUCCCAACAAAAGACUGCCAUGUUUCUGUUUAGAAUGAGAAACUGAGCGAGGAAAAAGUGAAAAGCAUUUGAGACUGAAGGGGCCAAAGUGCUUGUGUUGGUGACGGAAAAGAAGAGCCAUCCUAUCAGUAGGUUGGCAUCACUUAAGGCACUAAGGCCCUGAGGAUGACUAGCCUGUUCAAGCGCAGCAGCAGCAAUGGAGGCUCCGGUGGCAGCGGAAGCGGCGGAGGUGGGAGCGGGAGUGGCCAGGGUCAGCUCAACAACAGCAGGUCCAACCGGCAGGUCCGUCGCCUGGAGUUCAACCAGGCCAUGGAGGACUUCAAGAUCAUGUUCCCCUCUAUGGACUACGAGGUGAUCGAGUGCGUGCUGCGCUCCAACAAUGGAGCCGUAGACGCCACCAUCGACCAGCUGCUCCAGAUGAGCAUUGACGGACAGGGCUCAGAUGACAGCUCAGACUCAGAUGACAGCAUCCCACCAGAGAUUCUUGAGCGAACACUGGAGCCUGACAGUUCAGACGAGGAACCUCCUCCGGUCUACUCUCCACCAACAUAUGAUAUGCACAUUUAUGACAGGAAAUACCCCGAAGCUCCACCAACACCCCCGCCAAGAUUUGAAGCGGAGCCACCUCCGGGUCACCAGCAGGUCAGAAGCUACCGGAACUGGAACCCUCCUUUGCUCGGAAAUCUCCCAGAUGACUUUCUACGGAUCCUCCCGCAGCAGUUGGACAGUAUCAAGAGCUCACAGAGCAUUCAAUGCCAGCCUUCAUCCUCCUCAUCGUCCUCAGCUUCUUCCCUAAGCCAAUGGACAGCCCAGUCUGCCUCUCGGCCCGGAGGUGCAGGGACCCCUGGAGGUUCAGGUUUGACGACAGGAGCAUCGGAGCAAGACAAGAAACUGAAGCAGUAUCUGGAGGACGAGCGCAUCGCCUUGUUCCUACAGAACGAGGAGUUUAUGAAAGAGCUGCAGCGCAACCGCGAGUUCCUCAUGGCCUUAGAGAGAGAUCGCUUGAAGUAUGAAUCAAAGAAAUCAAAGUCCAAUCAUUCAUCUAGUGUGGAGAGUUGCACAGGAGAACAGUACUCCGCAGCUUCAAUGGACGCCGUCUCAGAUGACGCCCUGUUCAGAGACAAACUCAAACACAUGGGCAAAUCAACAAGAAAGAAGCUGUUUGAAAUCGCCAGAACGUUCUCAGAAAAGACGAAGCGGAGAAAGUCAAAAAGGAAGAUGCUCCUGAAGCACCACUCAUUAGGAACAGCCAACUCUACGGCCAAUCUCCUGGACGAUGUGGAGGCAAACCCCUGUGAGGAAGAUGGUCAGCCUAGAAGAACAAACACUCAGGAACAGAAUGAGCAGCGCCAUGAGCCAGUAGUAUGAUCCUCCUGUGCUGCACCAUAUCAGGGUUACCAUGGCGACGGCAGCAUGACCCAUGGGAGGCGGCCUUUCAGCUCUUCCUGUCUCCCCCCUGCUCCCCCUAACACUAUUCUGAAACCAGACAAUGUAAGGCCAAGGGAGAAGGGGGACGGCAUUACAACACUUUGUCAACAUAUCAUUUCAAACGUCACGGUAAAUGCAUUAGUCCUGACUGUAUUCACUGGCUUCCUUUAACCCAGUGACGGAACACUUCCACCAUCUGAACCUUUCUUACUCACACACUGUGUGUCUGACGGAGACCCACAGGCAUUUCAGAUGCUUUCUAUACACUAAACCAUGUAGAGCUUUUUUACCAUGUUUUCGUAAACACAUUGUAAUAUUCUGCUGUUUUUCCAUGUGCAGGGUUGCGUAAGUGACAGAAUAUCGCGGCCAUUAAAGUUGUGGCGGCCCAGAUGUCAACGCUUUGUAACAAACUGAUCACCUUUAAAAGAUCGUUGUCGGGAAAGGUCGGAGCAGCUCACUUAUUUGCUCUAUUAGGCAAGCUGAAAACGAUGUCAUUCAUACUGUAGCACAGAACAAUACACAACCUCUCUAUGUUUCAAUAGAAUAGAGUUUAGCAGGAAUGACUCGUAAACCUUGAAAUGAGUUAGCAUUUUUGCACUUAUGGAUUCCCCGCUCAGGAAGUCAAAUGUUUUUUUUAAAUGAGUUUUUGGUUAGAUUCCUGAAGUCUUGUGGUUAACACAAGCUUACGGAAGUUUUGCGCUUUGUUCUACAACAAAUAACACGUUGGUAAAUACUAAACUGGUAAACGUCUGACACUGUUAUGUGUCAAGCUUAAUGACACUACUACACGUCCAUAACGAUUUUGCCUUUAGCUUAGCGGUUGGAGAUAAAGUUAUGUGACUGUGAAGUAGUAACGUUACAGCAUUAAGUUAGCUACUGCUGCCAUUAGCAUUACCCUUUAACUUUUAUAAAAUGAUCUCAGUAUAGAGGAGGAUGGAAAUUAUCUUUCUGAACAAAACGUAUAUGUUUCAUAAAAGUGUGUUUGCCACAAAUGUUAGAUUCCAAUGUCCAAUGGAAAACCCCCAUGUUUUUUUUGUUUGGGUAGCCCUUAUCAAUGCUAACUUCAGAGUUAGCUUAGGAAAAUACUCAGUCCCUACACUGUUGGUAUUACCUAUUACCAAUAACCAGACCUCAGUUUAAAUGCAGAAGUAUUAUAGUUCAGAAUUAACAUACUUUAAGGCAGGGGCCCAGAAUGCAUCACAGUGUGAAGAGAGUAAAGUUAAAUAGUGCUGUGUGGUUGGAAGAGGGUCUAUUUGUUUGAAGAACACUGAAGACUUUAGGCUAUGGUAUAAGCAUAUGGUGGACAUACCAUGGUAAGACAUAUGCUGCUUUCCCGCACAGCAAUAGCAUCAGAUUGAUUUAAGAGGAAAAUGAGCAUGAGUCUGAAUUUGUUGGAUUAGCAGCGUCCGACUUUAACAUUGCGGUGGCCCCCAUUUGGGUGCAAAGCAGCGUUGACCUGCAGGGAAGGACAAACACAGUCAAAUAUAUAUAAGUCCCACCUUUGGAUGUGUUCUCAUGCUGGUGAGCCAGUGAGCCCUAUUAGCUUCAUCGCUGCGCUAGUGCAGGUGGAAGGUUAAAAGAAACAGCACCCCCGUCUUCCUCCAGGACAUCAUUACUGUCAACAUUGGCGAGGUUAAUUUAUUCCAGGUAUCAACAUCUACCUCCUCCUACCCACAAACCCUUGCAUUGUAAGGUCAUGGGGGUUCUGUUUUUAGACCUUCUUCUGGGACAUCACUGUACUUUUACCUUGGGGAAUGGCAUUGUUCUCACCUGGUCUUUUUGAAGCAAACUAAGAGUCUGACUCCGCUGCUCUGCUCUCUAUUCACUGCUUCGCUGUAUUCUGCCUGGUUUCCUGGCAAAAAACCAAGAUGUUAAGAAGAUAAGAAAUAUCUUCCCGACUUUUUUUGCCAUAUUCUUUAAUUGACCCCUGAGUCUUUGAGCAAAUCAUCUGUUUAUUGAUCUCAUCUCCGCAAGCUCAGAGGAACAGAAGUGAUGGAAAUGUCUCUUGGGAGGAUAAAGCAUCUGAUAGGUGAUUGGAGGAAAACCCUGUGAACACUCAUUCUGAUAGGAUGUUGACGAGAGUAAGGACGGAACAAAAUAAAAACACAAAUGACUGUUGAUGUGUAAAAGUAGAUGUGAAACAAGCAUAGGUAAAGGUGUAAGAGGUGUGUUGUAGCCUGUGUGAACAGAAGGAGUUGGAGAACAAGUACAAACAACACCUUUGUGCAUAAAAUGUUUUUUUUCCACCUCAGAAAAUCUCCACAAAUUAACCUUUCUGGAAAUAUUUUCUCAGUUUUGUGUGUGUUAUUAAUCCCCUUUUGAUUAAACUACUUACAUGUGUUAUUUACUUGUUUAGAGAUGAGCUACGUUUGAUGUCUGAAAGUGAUUUAUAAUACGGAAGUAGUAAGACCAUUCCAGUGUUAAUGCAUGUUUUAGAUCAUUUAAUAUAAGUCAUGUGCACACAACUCUACUUGUAAAGCUCAUUUCUCACUAUUUUUAUACAAACAAAAUAUUAUGUGACUGGAGGAAGACAACUGAGUGACAAACCCACAAAGAGAUCUCGUUAACUCCCAAUGGGCGUUUUAGUGUUUUUCAGCGUGUUGUUUUGAGCUGAUUUUUUUCAGUGAAACCCUGGUAAGAAACCUCGCUGUUGAACUCUUGAUGAAUGCUAAUGUAGCUCUGUCUGCUGGAACAUAUUUAUAACUAUUGUGAGAUGAUAUUUGGUCAAUGUUGUGUUCACAGUACUGCUGCCACCAGGCAACACGAGGAGUAGUCAUGUAUUAUAUACUGUGUAUGUAGUGGCAGCAGUGCUUCAUCACAAUAAGCUGCGUCUCAUUUCUCAUUCACACUAUUACCUGAAGAUGACUUUAAAAAAAAAAAAAAGGUUGUUUAAAAUUGAAAGAAGUCGUAUCAUAAAUUAAACAACUGGCCGUUGUUUUCUGAUAGAAAGGUGGAGGCACUGACCUCAGCGUCAUACACCUCUAAAUACAUUUAAAUGAUAUGUAAUUUUGUCUUUGCAAGAUUGGUAGCAGGGCUGAAAGAAGCCAGUUAAGUUCUGUUUCUAUGGUUACCUCCCCUUCUAGCUUGCACCGCUACAUACAGCUGUUUUCCAGAGUUUAUACAACUGUGCGCGCAGCAUUCCGAAGCAAUGCCAAGUAGUGAACUACUCCGACAGUAAUGCUUCAGCCUAGUCGGGCGGCACCGUUCUCUCCAUAGAAUCACAACAGCAACGCCAGCGCAAUGCUGCUUCCAAAUUAUUUAAACUUGGCCCUUGAUUGUCACUGACAUUUCGACUCGCAACCAAUCAGAUUAGAACAGUUUAAGAGCGGCUCAAUCUAGCCGGGGGGGAAACCGAAGGGGGCGGUGGUAGUGAAGUCCGUAGGGACUGUUCUUGGGAACCUGAAGUUCACCGGUUCAAGUCCCCGGUAGAACAAGUGCUACCAAGGUGUCCCUGAGAAUGGCACUGUUCAAAUGCAAAUGCAAUGGUCCGAUGCAGAAUGUAAAUUUCCCCUCUGGGACGAUUUAAGGGUUACUUCUAUUCUCACCGUUGAAACAAAACUAGCUAGCUGUUUUCAUCGUGAGGCUCUGUGCCCAACAUUGCGUUGGGCAAACCGAUUACAUGUGAAUUCAGUUUAAGAAAUGUGGCCUGCUCUCAAAAUUCAAAUUAUGUCAACGUUGUCCUCCAUUGUUGCUGAAUUUCUGAUGCACAACCAAUCCGAAUUCACGAUGGAAACAAAAUUUAGCUAGCUUUUUUCACCGGUUUGCCGCAGAGCCUCGCAGUUAAAAGGGCUCGCUACAUUUUUGGUUUUCUAUCGUUACCUCCGCUGCCAGUUUGCGCAAAAGGAAAAUCUCUUAUCAUGUGAAGGCAGCUUAAGGGAAUUUACAAAAACCUACACAUUGAAAAGUUGAGAGACUGUACUAGUGUGUAAUUUCAAUCACACAAAAAUAUAAUGUAAUCAUUUUAAACAAAGAAAAGGGAGCCGGUAAAUACAGGAAGCAUUUUGAAUGGCUUGCUCAUGAUUUGAGGUCCUGAACUCUCACCCAGCCACCGGAACAACUCCCAUCAUCAAUUUUUUCAACUAAUUAUUUAGUGUAAAUAACUACUUUAACCACGUCUCCAUUCCAUGAGGUGUCAUGUGAGUAGGCUCACCUACAUGGGACGCUGCCGUCGGUAAUAUUUAAUCCGUCUGAGCGUUUCACAAUGUCUGUUGUGAACUGCGGUCCACUGAUGAGUAGAUGUAUUGAAAUGUUAAAAAGCUGGAGUUGUUUGGAGGCUUCGUGCAUCUGGUUUGUGUCGUGGUGUGUUAGCGGGUCGAUUAUUCUUUAGGAAAACUUGUUGAUGUCUUCUCCUCUCAGGGAAACCCACCCCGAUUAUUUUCCUCCAUUUACAUUUUCCCUUUUAUUUCCCUUCCAUGAGUCUUCCUCAACACAGAAAAGGAGGUCAGAAAUAUAAGACACUAUUUUGCAGCCCUUGCAGUUUAUAUUGCUAUUUGCAAGUUUUUCUACAGAGCUGAUGAAACAAACGUCACGUGAUGCCAAACAAUGAUGGGAGUGUAGUUCCAGUAAAGAGCACAGGCUUCGGGAAUUGUCGGAAAGCCUUAGAUAUAAACAGCCAGAGCUAAAUGUGUUUUUGGUGUUACCUUAACAGAUGUGUCUGUCAUUUAUAAUCACACAACUCAUUUCUAAUGCUCAAGUAUUUACAGUUCAUUAUCCCUUUAUUUCAAAGGCUUUUGUCUUGAUCUUGGAAAGGUGUACAGUGUGAGUUUUAAGAGACUCACUUCAUACACUUCCUAAAAUUAAAGUCACCAUCAAUCUAAAGCAAUGUAAAAGUAUUAAAGGCUUUAUAAAAUGUUUUUUUUUUUGUUCAAUUUAAAUCAAUGUAGGGUUUCAAUUUUCAAUGAAUCUAAUAUUUUUUAAUUCUACAAUAAGUAUUAUAUUGCACAGUUUUGUUGUAAUUCAUAAAACACACAGACUGCAUGGGUCUGUCUCUGUUGCUUUUAGUUAUUAAAAUGCCAAACGGAAGAAACAAACCACAAAAGGAACUCUACAACUGUAUUUGUGAAGAAGCUGAAGAUUAGACAUGUUUUUUUCCCAAUGUGUGUAACGCUUGUUAUUGAUUUAAUUUCUUCACAGGUUUUGUUGUACGCAAGGAAACUUACGAGUCCCUGAUAUCCUUCUGUUGUACCCUAUCUGAUUUUUUUUUAGUUAUAUUGUAAAUAUAUUACCAUGAUCAUUAAAGGUUUUUCUAUAAAGUAAAA